AUGCUGCGCUGCCACACGCCACCGCAAUGCGGCCGCGCGCCACUCCGCCACCGCGGAAGGCGGGAAUCGCCUCCGACGGCGGCGCCCGGGGUGGUGGUGCGGUGCGCGCGGGGUGCGCCGCAGGUGUCCGGGAUCAAGGCGGCGUCGCCAGGCCACGCGGCUGCCACGGCAGCGGCGGCGGCUAAAGCGGAAAGGGGUGACGCGCGGCCCAGCCUGGCCGAGCGGCUGCGGCUGGGGAGCCUCCUGGAGGACGGGCUCUCGUACAAGGAGAGCUUCAUCGUGCGCUGCUACGAGGUGGGCAUCAACAAGACGGCCACCGUCGAGACCAUCGCCAAUCUCCUCCAGGAGGUAGGAUGCAGCCAUGCACAAAGUCUUGGGUUCUCCACUGAUGGCUUCGCCACGACCACUUCAAUGAGAAAACUCGGACUUAUUUGGGUGACGAACCGAAUGCACAUUGAGAUCUACAAGUACCCAGCUUGGGGUGAUGUUGUUGAGAUCGAAACAUGGUGCCAAGCAGAUGGAAGAAUUGGUACUCGUCGUGAUUGGAUCCUCAAGGACCUGGCUAAUGGUGAAGUUAUUGGCAGAGCUACCAGCAAGUGGGUCACGAUGAACCAAAAUACACGGAGACUUCAGCGAGUCGGUGAUGACGUGAGGGAUGAGGUGUUUAUACAUUGUCCAAAGACUCCAAGAUUAGCAUUCCCAGAGGAAAAUAAUGGCAGUUUGAAGAAGAUUCCGAAUCUUUCAGAUCCUGCACAAUAUUCAAGACUUGGACUAGUGCCAAGAAGAGCUGAUCUGGACAUGAACCAACAUGUCAAUAAUGUUACUUACAUUGGUUGGGUCCUCGAAAGUAUACCGCAAGAUAUAAUUGAUACACACGAGUUACAAACAAUCACUCUCGACUAUAGGAGAGAAUGUCAAUAUGAUGACAUAGUUGAUUCGCUUACGAACAUAGAGGAAGGAGAGGAGAAAAGCAUGAACGGUUCUGCUUCUGCAGCGCCUCACAAAGAAGAGCGGCAGCAGUUCCUGCAUUGCUUGAGAUUUGCAGCCAAUGGGGACGAGAUCAACCGUGGCCGGACGCGCCCGCCCCGCAUGCUGCGCUGCCACACGCCACCGCAAUGCGGCCGCGCCCCGCUGCGCCACCACGGAAGGCGGGAGUCGCCUCCGGCGGCGGCGCCCGGGGUGGUGGUGCGGUGCGCGCGGGGUGUGCCGCAGGUGCCCGGGAUCGAGGCGGCGUCGCCGGGCCACGCGGCUGCAACGGCGGCUAAGGCAGAAGGGGGUGACGCGCGGCCCAGUCUGGCCGAGCGGCUGCGGCUGGGGAGCCUCCUGGAGGACGGGCUCUCGUACAAGGAGAGCUUCAUCGUGCGCUGCUACGAGGUGGGCAUCAACAAGACGGCCACCGUCGAGACCAUCGCCAAUCUCCUCCAGGAGGUAGGAUGUAACCAUGCACAAAGUGUUGGGUUCUCCACUGAUGGCUUCGCCACAACUACUACAAUGAGAAAACUUGGACUUAUUUGGGUGACGAACCGAAUGCACAUUGAGAUCUACAAGUACCCAGCUUGGGGUGAUGUUGUUGAGAUUGAAACAUGGUGCCAAGAAGAUGGAAGAAUUGGUACUCGUCGUGAUUGGAUCCUCAAGGACCUGGCUAAUGGUGAAGUUAUUGGCAGAGCUACCAGCAAAUGGGUCAUGAUGAACCAAAAUACACGGAGACUUCAGCGAGUCAGUGAUGACGUGAGGGAUGAGGUGUUUAUACAUUGUCCAAAGACUCCAAGAUUAGCAUUCCCAGAGGAAAAUAAUGGAAGUUUGAAGAAGAUUCCGAAUCUUUCAGAUCCUGCACAAUAUUCAAGACUUGGACUAGUGCCAAGAAGAGCUGAUCUGGACAUGAACCAACAUGUCAAUAAUGUUACUUACAUUGGUUGGGUCCUCGAAAGUAUACCUCAAGAUAUAAUUGAUACACACGAGUUACAAACAAUCACUCUCGACUAUAGAAGAGAAUGUCAACAUGAUGACAUAGUUGAUUCGCUUACUUACAUAGAGGAAGGAGAGGAGAAAAGCAUGAACGGCUCUGCUUCUGCAGCGCCUCACAAAGAGGAGCGGCAGCAGUUCCUGCAUUGCUUAAGAUUUGCAGCCAAUGGGGACGAGAUCAACCGUGGCCGUACCGUGUGGAGGAAGCUAGCUAGAUAA